GUCGUCGGUGUUGACGACGGACGGGCGUGCAGCUCGCGCGCGUUUCGGUCUCAGUUGCGCGGUUCGACCCAUCGAAAGCGGUCCGGUUCGUACGUCUAGAGGUGUCUUCGACGAUAGAUACACAAAGAUACACAUAGAUACACAUCGGGGCAUGCCUACCUACAAUCGUGUAAUGACAUGACGAUAAGUCGAAGAGUCGCGACUACUCCAAGGAUCGAUUAGAGGAGUUCAAAGAUAAUAUACACGCAUCGGGACGAAGCGGACAUAAAGAGGAGAGUCUUGUACCGAGAGAGGCGAAAACAUAAAUAAAAAUAUAUAAAAUCCUUAUAUAUAAAAAGGAAAGAAACAGAACGAGUAACGGGCCCCGUGCGCUGUUUGAACUUUGAGGUUCCUGAUAUGUUUUAUUUAUAUCCCGUUUGAACUGCGGCCAAAGUGGACACAUCGGAACCAAAUUGACGGAUAAAGGAUAUAUCGAAAACAACAAAUAACAAAACCAGCAGACAACAACAACAAAACAUUAACACACACAUCAUACAGACACACAUCUAUUCGUGGUGGUUUGAUCUUCCGGUACAACUGUAGUAUUUUUGAUUUCUUGUAAGAAAUGCUUACGAUGACCGACCACAUGUUCCUGAUUCCUGAAAGGGCGCUCAAGAUGGACAUAUCGCGGCUGCAGGAAGACCUCGCGGGCCUCGACUUCGAUGCGCGCCUCCUGCAGGUCGCCCCGAUGGGAAACGUCUGGAUCUCUGGGUCCCGUCCAUCAUCUGCUGCUAAAGGUGGCACGAUGCACUGGUUUGCAUACGUGGGGCCAGACCCGCCCUUGAUCGAAGAGGAUAGAGAAGCUAGAAUAAGAACUCUGAAGGAACGACAGAAUGAGGAACGUCAGAAGAAAUUGGAAGAGAUUAAGGCGCAAGCUGUGGCAGCGCAGCGGCACAAAGAGCAGAAGGAGCAAGAAAGACGGCUAAGAAUGGAGGAGCUGAGGGUCAGGGAAGACUCAAGGAGGCAGCAGGUAGAGGAAAGGAAGAAGGCGAUCUAUGAGGCCGAAAGAGAUAAGCUUGAGAGUAUUCUUAGAAGGAAUCAAGAGAGGGAGGCCAGAAUAGAAGCCAAGAAGCGCAAUGACAGGAGCUCGAUGGUAUUCGCGUUCGGCUCCUCCACACCCCGCAUGCUUGAGCCUACAGACUCCAUAGGAUCGUUCUGGGGCCACAGGAGGGCCACCUCGACCCAAAACAUUACAUGCACUGCGGUGCCUCUCACAAGAAGACAAUCCGAGAGGGAGCUCGACGGAGGCAGCAAGAAAAGGGCAACUUCGGCUGGCGGAUUAGAACGUUCUGGAGAAGAUGUUCUGCGAAUGUCAUCCUCUAUGCACGAAAUAUUCAACUGGGGGAGUACGACCGCAAUCUCAAACGGAAAAAAAUUGACGCGCAGCUCUUCGGUCCAUUUUGGCACACCGCCUCAGACACCGGCAGGCUGUGUCAGUGGGUACGUGGGCCGCAGAAGAACCGACUUAAUGCCGACCAUUCCAUCGAAAGAUUCGCCGUCCUCGGGCAACCGAAAGCCGUUUACUAGAUCACCAGGUAGGGCGUAUUCGAUGUCGCGUUUAGAUCAAUUGUCGAAGCCACGGAAGCGGCCCGAUUUGGCCCCCGUCUCUGAAACCUCAUCCCCAAGACCCCUAAAUCACACCCAACAAUCCUCAGUCAGUCGCAGCAUGAGCCACAUAGCUGUCAGUAAGCUAGGACCACCCCAAAGACCUCUUCGUAAAUCAGACAGCCGCAGCAUGCACCAGUUGUCUGCUGGCGCCGCACCGUUGCCGCCACCGCGAACCACCCGCGCCACCCAACUGCGCCAACAGAAAUUGGCCAAUGCAAAUGCCAGCAAUCAUAGCGAAGCUCCGUCAAGACCUAGCAGUUCGCUUAGUCAGCAAAGUACUAGCAGUGUAACUAGUUCUGUAAACAUGCGGACCAGGCCUGUGGCCGCUCCAAGGAGGCCGCGACCUGUGAGCAUAGCCGUGACUGGUGUCACUACCGUCAACAGCACACCAGAGAAAAACACUAAACCGCCUUUGCCUAAGUCAAGAAAGUCCAGCUUAGUGAAGUCUCAGGAGAAGUUGAAACGGAAGCCAGCCGCUAGCUCGCCCACAGAUGCGACCCCGAAGAAUAUAACAUCACCCACAACCAACAAUCCGCCUGUUGCACAGGUCACAGAGACAAAGGUUGAGAGGGAACUUAUAGACAAUAAAGUUAAGGUAGAAAGUGAAUCCUUAACAGAGCAACUCGUCGAUUUAAAUCAUUCAGAAGAAAAUGUUAAAUCCAAGCAGAGAGAAGUUGUCAAGGAGCCCACGCCACCACCAGUGAUUGAAAGUACUAAUGUUACUACUACUACUACAACUACUGCUUCAACUGUUACUAUAACCAACAAUGAGCCGCAGAAGGAAGAUAAAAAGUCCGAGGAAGAAACCAGUGAAGUGGUUGACAUGAGUGCUUCUAUGACCAAAGUGCGUAUUACCACUGAGGAGGAAGCUAAGGCUGCUUUAGCUGAAAGGAGACGUUUAGCUCGUGAGGAAGCUGAAAGACAAGCAGAAAUGGAGAGGUUGCGUAUCGAGGAAGAAGCCAGAAUAGAGUUCGAGAGGCAACAAAAGGAGGAAGAACAACAGCGGAUUCUUAUUGAACAAAUGAGAGCUGCCGAGCAGGAAAGAUUAGAAGAAGCAAUUCGUGAAACUCAGAGGCGAGAGGAGGAGGAAAGAUUGAGAAAGGAGGAAGAACACAGGCAGAAGCUUCUCAAGGAAGAGGCAGAUCGCAAAGCUAGGGAGGAAGCCGAAAGGCAGAAGGCUGAGCUUCAGGAACGUUUGAAGCACGAGGAAAAGGAAAGGGAGGCGAGGAGGAAGCGUGUGGAAGCUAUUAUGCUUCGCACCAGAGGGAAGAAUAAUAGUAGCACACCUCCACAGACUGAAGAGCGAAACGAAGAGAAUAAUUCUGAUAAGUUAAAUGGUUCAAAGUCUGAGACAUCAGAGAAUGGACACAAAAAUGGUAAAGAUAUAGAGACAGUUGACAACAUAAUCCCAGUAGAAACUUUAAAGAAUGCAAAUACUGUAAAUGUUGACACUUUAAGCACUGACGAUACUCUAAAUUCUAAUAACUCUUGGCAGCACAACACGCAAAAUGAUUUGAUGAUGUGAGUUGCCAUGAUUCUUACAAUUAGGUGCUUGUAUAUGGUUCAUGUUUUAUAAAUAAAUUAAUGUUUAUUAAGUAGAA